GACGGAUCAGAUGGACAAAUAUGCUUUCUAGAUUUGUGCUUCUGGAGAGGAAGAAUAGAAGAAAUGGACUGGUAGUUCUUUGUAUGUCUUGUUACUAGGAGUGCUAGUUUGUGUAAGGAGUGUAAUAUCGUCAAGCCGAUGUAUCGCAAUGCACCUGUUCUCGUAUGAUUUAAUAAAUUGGAUUUUAUUUAUUCUAAACGGAACAUUUGGGUUUUCAAGAAAUCUUCUGGUCAAUCGGAGAGGAUCUUUGCUGUCAUUCCACAGGUUCCUUAUUAACAAACGUUCAGAAUCAGAUGAGAUAGACAAAACAAGCUCUAAUGGUCGACAGGUAACACAAACACGUAUAACACUGAAAAAUGGAAAUGCUUUAUUAUUUCAUGGGAAUGAUACUGGAUUCAUCAGAACAUUUGAGGUUCUAGAUCUAAACAAGGAAUAAUCUUCAGCAGUCAAGAAAAAGAAGGAAUAGGUCGAAAAAGAAGGAGCAGAAGGUCUUAAAGUGUAUAUUAUGACUGGAAAUGCAACAUAAAACAGACAUAAGAUGAUGCGCCAUUCUGCACGACCGACCAAGACAAACAUUGUCAUUGAUGACUCUCACAUUCAGGGGAGCGACGACGGGUUCGACCCUGGGCCGAUGAUUAGGCGUCAUCGUCCUGUCACAGCACUGAUUCGACGUCGAUCAUCAAAACUCGAAAAUCUUGUCCGAUCAGUAGCACGAGAAGGAGACUUCGAUGCAGACGAUGACCUCCAUGAAGACAGGGUUCCGAUGUCGAUUGUUGGUAAGAGAGCCGCGUCGGCUCCUCAUCGCAUGUCCAUUACAUCGUUCUAUGCAGACUCGUCUCCUCUUCUUUAUCAUCCAGAGACACACGAACCUCAAAGUAAGGUAACAACUGUGAGAAGACAAUCAAUUAAAGAGGAAGAACGGAGACCAUCUAUUAGACCACGAUCCACAGUAACCUUAGAACGACCGCCCCUGAUACCUAGACGACAACGUCCCAAGACUGCGAUUCAACUACGACGAGAGAGCGCAUCUCCUAAGAAGAAACCCGAUGAGAUGGCCGGUGACGACGGGAGCGAUGACGUUGAGAAUUCGAAUUCAGGGUCAGAUACAGACUCUGAUUCGUCGCUGUCGACUUUGGAGUCGUUGAGAGAACUGAAGAACAGGAUUGAUGAGAUCGUCGGUGCUCCGUCUGUCACCGCCAGUCGUUCAGUGCGUCGAGGCUCGGUGACGAGUGCCACUAAUCUCACUAUGAAUAGAAAAACGGAAGAAGCGAAGUCACAAAUGGUUGCCGAUUAUGUCAUUCGGCGUCGCCCUACUAUGAUCUCUAAUGAACGUCGAGGCAGAUCAGUGACGAACCUAAUAAAUAAACUUACAUCUCAACAAAUGGCAUCGGAACAAAACAAAAUUCGCACGCGAGGUAGAUCAGCUAGUUUGGCAACGACGUCCCCUCUACCGCAGCGUAGUAGGCGAGCCACAACCGCGUCGCGCCAGCGCACGAAGAGCGUCACCACCAUCGGUGGUCAAACGUCACCGGGUGUGCAGAUGUUUGAAAGCAGACGAGCCAGCAUCGCCAGCACUUUUCGAGACGCUAACGGCUCGGUGUCCUACCAAGCUAGGAAGAACCUGAGAAGGGGUUCCCUCUUUGUUGAUUCUAAUGUGAUUGAUGAGGAUUGCGAUAGACGAGGGUCGCUUCAGCCACCUGAGGAUAUCCUCCCUGGUCAACGAGGGUCGUUUGAAGGGAUGAAGAGGAGUUCGUUGAGCAGACGACGGUCACCGUUACCUGAGGAUCUUAACAUCGCAGUCCCGGAUCAGAUGUCAGUGAAACUUGCUCGAGAACGCUUCAGACGAAUUGCUCGGCUAGUACUUAACUGCGUCAAAAUUUGCCGACGAAGUUACUUAAACAUUGAGGAAGAAAGAUCAGAGUUUCAAUCAUUCAUCCAAGUCGGAACACGAUCACACGAUGGCGAUCGAUUAUUCUUUGAUCCUGAUUAUUUCAAGGCUGAUAAAUCCCAACGUUUGUCAGAAGAAACAAAACGGAUAUUGACCGAUCAUCCCCAUAACAGAACAGAAAAAGAUCUGAAAUAUGUGCAGAUUGCGUUACGUAACAUCAAGGCAUUCGCUGAGUAUCCAAUCAGAAUGCAAGGAAGAUUGUGUAAAGCAGGAUGGCUCGAAACAUAUGGUGCUAAUCGAGCUGUUCUCCGGCAGGGCCACCCUCCCCAUGCAUUCUACUUUAUCUUAUCAGGAACAUUGAUUGUGACAAUAUUCAUGAUGCAUGGACCCAAAGGAAAGCCAUCUACCCAGACCGUUGCUUUCUUAAGGAGAGGACAAAGUUUUGGAGAGCUUGCCAUCUUGAAUGAGACCGUUCGUGCUUCUACUGUUAUCACCAAGUCACGAUGCGAGCUACUUGUUAUAUCUGUUGAGGAUUUUCAGGAUAUUUUCAUGGUCUCGGGAGGUAUUAAGAGUGUGAACGAUCCCGAUCAACAUGCUUUCCUGACAUCCCUUCGUUUCCUCACUCACUGGCCCAUUCACAUCAUACCAACGCACCCUAAAGAUUGCCUCUUUCAUUUCUUUGCCACCGGUGACGUCUUAGUUCAAGAUAGCAACCAAUCGGAUUGGAUAUACAUCAUCAAAUCUGGAAGUUGUUCAGUCUUGAAGAAACUGAAAAGUGUCCCAGAGAAUGUCCAUUCAUCUUACAAGAGGAAGGAUGUUUGUAUGACAUGGAACAAAGAUACUACACUGGUUGCAAGUAUUAUGGAUGACAAGAGCAAAUCACCGAGCAGAAAGAAAGUAAAAGUCAACAACAGACGAGACGUACCUAGUUCUGAGACCAGUCGUAGAAGUUCUACUACAGUCAGCAGUGUUUCAAUCAAGGGGCAUGGUAGUGAGACUAGCUCUGUUGUACCACCGGUCACAAGAAAGAGCCAAGGUGUAUAUCUAAAGACAGGGUCAGUGAGAGAUGGUGGAAAAGACGACAAUGACAGUGGUUCAGAUGUGGAGAAGGAAGAACUUGGUGAAGAUGGACUUCCAGUUAACUUUGUCAAUCAACGACGUACCUUUCAUACUGAUCUUGAUAUAGCUAAGAAAACAAUUGAUCAGCCGACUGAUGCCGAUAAGGAUCCAAUGUUUGUUACGAUACAACUACUCCUCAAGGGAGGUGUCUUUGGAGUGAAUAAUAUUGUAUUUCCUGACCAACCAAGCCUAAGUCUCAUUAGUAAUGGAGCAGAGUGUAUCAUGAUAAGAAAGAGUUUCUAUCUGGAACAUGCAGCAGAAGACACUCUUAGUUUGCUCAGGAAAAAUGAAUUCCCUUACCCGACUGAGGAGCAACUGCAGGAGAAACUACAGAAACACAUGAAUUGGAACGCUUACAAAGACCAUACAGUCAGGUCAGUGGUCUUCCAAUCAAGAGCUCAUAAAGCGCAACAACUAACGUCAGUACAUCGAUAGAUGACCAUUAAAGGUCAAGUCCACCCUAGCAAAAUGUUGAAUUGAAUAAAUAGAGAAAAAUCCAAAUAGCAU